GGCUGCCGCACUUGCAUGCGGCGACGCAUUCGAUGUGACCUCGGACGCCCGGCCUGUUCAAAAUGCAUCAAGAAGGGCCUGAGCUGCCCCGGAUAUGGGCGGCAUCUUCGCUGGGCUGAUGGCGUGGCGGUUCGCGGCAAGUUGAAGGGCCAAAGACUGCCUACGGCUAUUAGCCUUAACACGACUAUCACGUCUAUCGAGAACACUCCUUCGGACUUGCUGAACUUUACGCAGUGGGCGUCUUCACCAGAGAUCAUCGAAUACUACGAUAAGCACCUGGCGGGACGGAUGGUAUGGAUCGACUCGGAUGAAAAUGACUAUCGGCGUCGGAUGUUGCCCAUGGCUGCCAAUGCCCCAGGUCUUCGUUUUGCCAUUGCCGCCUUUUCCCUCUAUCAUGGACCCAGGAAAUUUCCGAGCGAGUUGUCCCGAUAUCACGAGGAGGCGCGAGACGCAUGCCUGGAAGUCCUCCAGAGGCAGAUUCGAGAAAUGAAUAACCGGCUGAUCAGUGGAGCGGAACUUAAUACCCGAGCUGAUGUUGCUAACGCAGAAUGGAUGCUGGCCUGUAUCCUCGUGAUUGCGAAUUACGAGAUGGCAAAGAAUCACUCCGAGGCUGCUGAGGGCCAUCGGCUUGCGGCAAGGACCAUUGUCAACAUAUUUGGGCAGUAUGAGGCGUGCACCAAGGGCCUGUUUGCGUUUUUGAGGAACCAGCUCGCGAUCCAUGAAGUUCUCGGCUCUUGCACGUCUUUUGACUUGGCUGAUGUUGCAGAAACCAUUCUCCCCACGCCAAACUCUGGGAGUCAUGUGCUGUUCUCCGAGUACCUUUCUUUUCUGCACCAAAUCACGCUAGCGUCACGCCGAUCCAUGGCCGUUAACGAGGAUAUUGACGUAUCACUUUGGCCCGAGAGCUUUAGCAUUAUCGAAGUACAAUCACGCUUCGAGCAAGCAAGAGGUCAGACGCUGAUGAUUGCGGGGAAACUACAAAUAAAUCCCCCGGUUGUGCGCCGUGACUUUAUCAGACUUGUGGACCUAUACCACCACGCUGCCGUUGUCUACGCGUACAGAUGCCUGGGUUAUGCGACGCCCAGCAAUUUUGACUGGCUGGCUUCCGUUACGAAGCUGUUUGACCAGCUAGAUCAGAUUGAGAAUAUCUCGCUCUGCAUCCAGAACCUCCCGUGGCCGAUUUUCAUCGCGGGCACUGAGUGUCAUGGCGAUGCAGAGAGGCAGCACAAAGUUGCCACAAUUCUCGACAAGACUAUUAGAACGACAGGUUUCAAUCAGUACGAGACCAUCCGGAGCUUUCUUAGCGCCUUUUGGAGUGGCACAGAACCUAACUGGCUACCGGUUGCACAACAGCUGCAAGCUAACGGACUUAGAAUUCUUGUUGUGUAA